AUGCGACAGAGACAUCAGCCAACUUGCUGCCCUUACACCGCCAAGUUGUCUGAAUCGCAGGAGGAAAGUCACGGACAGUCCGUGUCCGCCGGGCUCCCACCGACCAAUAUCGACGAAGACGAAGGGAAUCUGAGGUUCGAGAACGACGAAGUAGACAAUCUAGACAAUCUCGGCCGGGGACGUUCACCUCCUCCGCAAUACCCCUACCCGACUUCUGAAGCUUCUGCUUCUACAUCGUUUUCGUUAGCCGCCUCUCGUCCUGCUCCGCCACCGUUCUCAAGUCUAUACACCGUAGACGAUCACUUCAAGCUUGCGCCGACCACCUGCGGGCCUACUUCCGAAGCCGGUGCAUCAUCAGCGACUGCUGCUCCAGCCUACGCGCCCUCCGACUCGGCGUUUGACAGCCCUCUCGAGAGGUCUGCUUCGUUCAACGACACCGUUGCAGAAACUAAACGGGCGCUCCCACAGGACGUCAAGGGCGAGUCGAGCCAGAAAGUCGACGAUCCUAACGAACCACCUCCCGCAUAUUCCGAAGGAUAUAGUCCGUUACUCUCAUUUACGUAUCUAAUGGCGGCUGCCGGUGGUGCGUCGAGUAUUAUUACUCAAGUCCAGCAAGGAGGUCCUCCUGUUAAUGCUAUCGGAGAUGUCGGCGUCGACGAAACUAUCACCAUGGACUUACGUGGCACGCGCUUCGUACUAUCUAGAGACGAGUUGCUGACGCUACCUGAAUUUGUCCUUCUCUCCUUAUUCCCCAAUGGCCUCUUUCCCGAAGGUCAUAUGGGCGGCUUCUCCGAGGGGGAUGCCGUUCAAGUCGAUGUCAGUACACUCAAUGAUAACUCCCUUACGCAUUGCACUCAGGUUACCUCAAACAUCACACGCGAGGCGUCUACUGCGCCGAUUAACACAUGUCUUCCUGCUUCUACACUUCGCAAUCUUGUCUCAAAUAUAAAUAUACAUAUCACUGACCUUAUCUCCCAGUAUGAUCCUGCAUCUCUACAAUACAUGUUGGAUUUCUUCCGGAACGUAGCCCAAUCUAUCCCUACUGAAACCUCUCCUACUGCCUCACCGGAAGGCGGUGCUGUUCCCAUCGACUCGUUGGGUGGCCGAGGUGAGGACGGAAGCAAGCGAGCUGGUAUUAUUGUCCUGCGAGAAGACCUUGACUUUUAUGCGAUUCCCCCUCGACCGGACAUUAACCAAGCUGAAAUGAUCGAGGUUAAGCGCGCCGCUGCUAGAGCUUUGCUCAAGCAAGACGGGAUUUUUUCGGGCCUCAAGAGAAGUGACGAGCCCGGUACGACUGAGGCGCACUUGAUCGAGAUGCUGACAGCUGGCGGUUUCAACCACGAUGACAGGUGGGGCCACCGUGCUGGCGAGCCCAAUAAAGCUGUUGUAUGCAGUCUGGCCCUUGCUCGACUACGUAGCGAUAUACGCGGUAACGACAUGGGAAACAAUGCUGUUGGCAUGGCGCAGAAGCUACUGCUCUUCUGGAGAAAGCCAGCGCGGCGUUGCUGGUGGGAAGGUGUGGAUCUGCAAGACGUGGAGGGUGUAGAGGGCACUCUAAAAGUGUGGAUUCGGAGAGUGUGGACACUGGAGAUGAGUGUGAUUGGGUUGCGCUGA